GGACAAUAAAGUACAAAUGUUCGUGUAUGUGAAAACUGGCCACGUUGUUGUAUCCAGAAUGUUUGGGAAAUCUUACCAGUUGCCACUUGCCACCCUUAUUCACGCUUCCCAAAAAAGUUCUCUUUUUUGCUUUCUCCCACUCUUGGAUCGCACACACGAAUCUUGGAAUCAUACCCUCUUUGAUUCCUCCAAAAAAUUGCUGUCAUAGGUAGCAGCUUUUAAGGUUCUUGAUACCUUAAUUGUACUACACAAUCAAAAGAUUCAGACACACUACAUAUACAUCAUCAUCAUCAUCAAAUCAAGAAGAUCUCUUAAGUUAGUUAUGGUGUCAUCUGAGACUAUGAGGCAAAGAGGGAGAAGAAAAGGGGGUGGUAAUGAGGGUAGUGAUGGGAUGAGGAAGUUGUUGUUAGGGUUAGGGUUCUUGGUGCAAGGAUUCAGGUGUUUCCCUUGGAUGGCUGUUAAUUUUUUUUUAAAAGAUGGGCUUAAGGUUGAUCCUUCUACAUUACAGAUCCUGCAGAGUUCUGCUAAUCUCCCUAUGGUGGCUAAGCCCUUUUAUGGAAUUUUGUCUGAUUCUUUUUACAUUUUUGGUCAGCAUCGUGUUCCUUAUAUUGCCUUUGGAGCAUUUUUGCAGGCGGUGUCUUGGAUUGCUAUAUUCCUCUCCCCCUCAAAUAUUUCAUUUUUUACAAUCACUCUAUAUCUCCUGCUUGGGAACUUGGGUGCUUCGGUAGUUGAGGUUGCCAAUGAUGCCAUGGUUGCGGAGUUGGGAAAACCACCUAGUUCAUCAUCCAAAAAUCGUCAAAAUUCUUCAUCAGGCCAGCUCCAGUCAUUUGUUUGGAUUGCCUCUUCUGUCGGUGGAGUGCUUGGUAACCUUGCAGGCGGUAUUGCCAUUGAUCGUUUUUCCCCUCAAGUGAUGUUCCUUAUGUUUGGCAUUCUCUUAAGUAUUCAAUUUUUGGUUACAAUAUUUAUUCAUGAGAACUCCUUAGACCUUCCCAAGAGCCCAUCAAAUCGAGGGAUCAAAAAACAACUUUCGGAGCUUCUAGCUGCAUUGCAGAAACCAGAGAUAUAUUAUUCAAUUAUCUGGUUUGCAGCUUCUUAUGCAAUGAUUCCAGCACUAACAGGGACGAUGUUCUAUUACCAGACGCAACAUUUAGGUAUUGAAUCGUCAGUGUUGGGUAUAUCUAAAGUAUUUGGGCAGGCUGCAAUGCUUUUGUGGGGUGUUAUCUACAAUAAGAACCUCAAAUCAAUGUCUCCUAGGAAGCUAAUCUCAGCAAUUCAGGCUACGAUGGCUGUUUUCAUGUUUUCGGAUUUCUUAUUCGUGAAAGGGGUAUACAGGAUGUUUGGUAUCCCUGACUCAUUGUAUGUGGUGCUCUUCUCCGGAUUACUGGAGGUUCUCUACUUCUUUAAGAUCUUACCCUUCACUGUUGUUAUGGCACAGCUCUGUCCACCGGGAUGUGAAGGAUCUGUCAUGGCAUUUCUCAUGUCUGCAUUAGCUCUCGCUCUAAUUAUAAGUGGUUGUCUUGGUGUCGCCCUGUCAUCGUUUUUCCAGGUGACGGGGAAUGAUUUCUCAGGCCUACCACACGCCCUGUUAAUACAGGCAGUAUGUACCCUGUUGCCGGUUCAUUGGUCAUCGUGCAUACCUGAUGGAAUCAAGCCUAAAACCAAAGCAAAAGAAGGUUGAUCAGCUGCAGCAGCGAGUGAUGGUCAAUUCAGCUCAGCAGUAGGUCAAGCUUAGCUCCCCCUCGGCUUUCUUCAACCUCUUACAGCUAUAAUUAUCGUUCCAGGAGGAUCCUCCUUCGAAACUUUGGGAGGAAAUUCACUUUAUAAUACAUAUAGAGUUACCACACAUGAAUACCUCAUAGUUUAGGUUUUUGGUUAGUACUAGUCAAAAUUUAGCAUUGUGUCUUGUAUUAGCAUUCGUUAUUUAGUAACUCAAUUGGCUUGUGGGUUUUGCUACAACUAGCCUCGUUUUCAAAUACAACUCCUGCGAGAUGCAGUUUUGUGUAUCGGUUGUAGGUUGAGGUUAUUGAGAAUUUGGUUAUUACUAUGGUAUGUACAAUAUUCUUUUUGAAGACUCGUAACCAUAUGAUUUUUUUC